AUGAGUCGACCUGCUUUUGAGCAGUUUACGGCUCAGGCACCUCAGCCUGCAGGCGAGUUCGUUACGCAGCAGCAGACCAUGCAGGGCGACGCCAUGGCAGCGCAGGGACAAGAAUUAACAAUAGCAAAACUGGAGAAUUCUGUUGCUACGAUGGAGGAACAACAGCUUACGUCCGAUCCUCGUUAUCAAAAGAUGCUCCAAUUGAAGUCAAAACUCACAGGAGCCCCUCUGCCUGCAGAACCACCUCAGCAACCUUCUCCAUCAGUCAGUCAGCAACAGCAACAGAUCACUCCAGCACAGUUAAAUCAGCUACGGGCACAAGUUAGCGUAUACAAACUUUUGGCGAGGAAUGAGCCGGUACCACCAACGUUAGCUGCAGAAGCUGUCGUUAUGAAAAACAAGCCGACUUCCCUUCUGCCUGAACCGUACGAAUUCCCCGGAGAGGGUGAUAACGGAGAGAAGCUGCCAUAUGAUCUCAUGAAGGUUUUAAAUAUUCAUCAACAACGGUGCGCUAGGCCAACUUCAUUGCCAACCCCUGUAGGUAUUGAUCCUGCAUCGCUAUUGAAGGAACGAGAGUUUAGGAUUCAAAAUCGUGUUGGCCUACGAAUUCAGGAGUUAAGCAAUCUUCCAGCUGAUCUACCGCCAAACUUGAGAAUAAGAGCAGAAAUUGAACUUCGCGCACUUCGACUUGUAAACUUGCAAGCUCAGGUUCGGAGUGAGAUUAUGGGGGCGCUCCGCAGAGACACAACACUGGAAACAGCACUAAAUCCGUACGCGUACCGACGCACAAAGCGGCAAUCAUUGCGUGAAGCGAGGGUGACGGAAAAGCUGGAGAAACAGCAGAAGAUGGAGCAGGAAAGGAAACGCCGUCAAAAACACACUGAUCUCAUGCAGGCGAUUAUUCAGCAUGGAAGAGAGUUUAAAGAAUACCAUAGAAACAAUCUCCUUAAGACUCAGAAAGUUAAGAAAGCGGUCAUCACUUAUCACCAGAAUAAUGAGAGAGAACGAAAGAAGGAUGAGAUCAAAAAUGAACGGCUUCGUAUGCAGAAACUUAUGCAGGAAGAUGAAGAAGGUUAUCGUGCACUGCUGGAUGAAAAGAAGGAUCAACGUCUGGUUUACCUUCUCCAACAAACUGACGAGUAUGUGGAAAGCUUAUGUAGUCUUGUACGUCAACAUCAAAGUGUUGAGAAGAAAAAGAAAAAAGAAGAGAAGAAGAUGGCUAGGAUGGAGGAAGGAGAAGCCCGUGUGCAUGUCCGUGAGAUAUCCACCGGCAAAAUCCUCCAAGGUGAUGAAGCUCCAAAGCCUGAUGAACUGGAGGUGUGGCUUGAGACGCAUCCUGGAUUUGAGGUGUGUUCCGAGGUUGUUCCUCGAGAUCAGCUUUCUGAUGAUUCUGACUCAGAAGAGGAAGAUAAUCCUGCUCCAGCAACCACAAAGAACGUUGAUGAAUAUGCUGGGAUGGAUGAAGAGACGAAAGCUCGAUUGAUUCUCGAAAAAGCAAGAAAUGAAGAAGACGAAUACGAUCAGCGUAACCGGAAGCAGAUGGCCGAUUACUAUGCAACCGCUCAUCGAAUUAAGGAAAAGAUAGUGCAACAGCAUUCAACAAUGGGUAAUGAAACCCUCCAGCUAAAGCCGUAUCAGUUAAAAGGUCUCGAAUGGAUGGUAUCGCUUUACAAUAACAACUUGAACGGAAUCCUUGCGGACGAAAUGGGUCUUGGAAAGACAAUCCAGACGAUUUCUCUCAUUACAUAUCUGAUGGAAGUGAAACAGAAUAACGGACCGUAUUUGGUUAUUGUCCCACUCUCAACACUUUCUAACUGGAAUAUGGAAUUUGAAAAAUGGGCUACAUCUGUUGUAAAGGUCGUGUACAAAGGGAACAAAGAAGCCCGACGACGUGUCGAGGGUGUGAUUCGAAAGGGAGCAUUCAAUGUACUACUAACAACGUACGAAUACGUUAUUCGUGAGAAAGCAUUGCUCGGCAAGAUUCGUUGGAAAUACAUGAUUAUUGACGAGGGACAUCGUCUGAAAAAUCACAAUUGUAAGCUAACGCUGAUGUUGAACGGUUACUUCCAUGCUCAGCAUAGAUUGCUGCUUACUGGAACUCCACUUCAAAAUAAGCUUCCGGAACUGUGGGCGCUCCUCAAUUUCUUGCUUCCAUCCAUAUUUAGUUCUUGUGGUACAUUUGAGCAAUGGUUCAACGCUCCUUUCGCCACAACUGGAGAAAAGGUCGAACUCAAUCAGGAGGAAACAAUGUUAAUCAUACGACGUCUUCACAAAGUACUCCGUCCCUUCUUACUAAGAAGACUGAAGAAAGAGGUAGAAUCUCAACUUCCUGACAAGACUGAAUACGUAAUUAAAUGUGACAUGUCAGCGCUUCAGAAGGUCCUCUACAAACAUAUGCAGAAGGGAUUACUCAUUGAUAGUAAACAGCAAUCCGGAGGCCGUGCGCUGAUGAACACUGUGGUUCAUUUACGAAAGCUGUGUAACCACCCGUUCCUCUUCCAGUCGGUAGAGGAUUCUUGCAGAGCAUUCUGGAAGGUGGAAGAGGUCUCAGGGCAGGAUCUCUACCGUGUCGCUGGUAAACUUGAGUUGCUGGAUCGUAUCUUACCGAAACUUAAAGCUUCCGGGCAUCGCGUGCUUAUGUUCUGUCAAAUGACCACCAUGAUGACAAUCAUAGAGGAUUUCUUCAAUUACCGAAAGUGGAAAUAUCUUCGUUUGGACGGAAGUACGAAACCCGAUGAGCGUGGACAACUUCUGGAAUUAUACAAUGCACCCGACAGCGAAUAUUUCUUGUUCAUGCUAUCCACACGUGCUGGAGGCUUGGGUCUCAACUUGCAAACGGCUGAUACAGUUAUUAUUUUCGACUCGGAUUGGAAUCCUCAUCAGGAUAUGCAAGCUCAAGAUCGUGCUCACCGUAUCGGCCAAAAAAGAGAAGUGCGGGUGCUGCGUUUGAUUACCGCUAACUCCGUUGAGGAACGGAUUCUGGCAGCUGCGAAGUAUAAACUGAAUGUUGACGAAAAAGUUAUUCAGGCAGGUAAAUUCGAUCAGCGCUCUACUGGCGCUGAAAGAAGACAAAUGCUUGAGCAAAUUAUCCGAGCCGAGUCUGAAGACGAUGAAGAUGACGAGGUUCCAGACGACGAAACCAUCAAUCAGAUGAUUGCCAGAUCUGAGGAAGAAUUUAAUCAAUUCCAGUCGAUGGAUAUUGAUCGUCGUAGAGAGGAGGCGGGUCAACUGCACAGAAAACCUCGUCUCCUCGAAGAAAAUGAGAUUCCGCACGAUAUUCUCAAAGCUUCGGAUGAGUUUGCUGAGAUGGAAAGAGCUCAAAAAGAAGGAAUCUACAAGGAGGACUUUGCUGCAACUGGAAGGAGACGGAGGCGAGAGGUCGACUAUUCUGCAGAUCUCAUGUCCGAUGAUCAGUGGCUCAAACAAAUUGACGAUGCGCAGGAAGAAGAGGAGCAGGAAGCGAAGAAGAAAAAACGAAAGCGAAAAGCCGAAGAUGACGACGAGGAUGAAGGGAAGAAGAGGAAAAAGGCAAGCCCAGAAGUUCUAGAAGUGAUGAACAAGGUUUACGACAUAAUGGUCGGGUUCAAAACCAACGAUGGCAGAGAAAUAGCAGUUCCGUUCAUUGAGCUUCCUACAAAGCGAGAGCUCCCGGAUUAUUACGAGGUUGUACAUAAUCCCAUGGAUUUUGCACGUAUCAAGAAGAAGAUCGAUAAAGGACGAUACGCUACUAUUGAAGAGAUGGGAAAUGAUGUGAAAUUAUUAUGCGAAAAUGCAAGAUUGUACAACAUCGAAGGUAGUGAUAUUUAUAACGACUCAAUGCUUCUGGAAGCGGUAUGGAUGAAAAUCACUGGCGGUGAUCCAAUGGCUCUUCUAAAAGGAAGGAAUGAAGGUGGUAGCAGUAACAUCAGCAGUCAAAAAGCUGCUGCUGUCGACGAUGGCGAUUCACGCGGUACUCCCUCAAAAAGAGAUAAUGAAGAUAGUCAGUCUUCUACAUCGUCGAAUCUAAUAGUCGAAAAACAAGUGAAUCCACCAGUCGUUGACUCUCGGUGCGCUAGGGUGGUCGAAAUUGAUUGCUGUUAUCAGUCAGUUCUAUCGGAGAAACCUAUGGCAGCGGGUCUUCGAUCUACAAAGGGGCUUGUAGCGGUGGUGACUGGCGGAGCCUCAGGACUCGGACGAGGUACGGUACAAACGUUGGUGAAGUCUGGUGCGAAUGUAGCCAUUCUGGAUCUGCCAUCUUCAAAAGGAUCUGAUGUAGCGAAAGAACUGGGUGAAAAUGUCAUUUUUGCGCCCACUAACGUGACUUCCGAUAAGGAAGUGAAGGCCGCUUUCGACGUUGUUAGGGAUAAAUUUGGGCGCUGUGAUGCUGUGGUAAACUGUGCUGGUAUCGCAUUUGCGUUCAAGCUGUACAGUGUCAGCAAGAAGAAGAUGUGCGACAUUGACAAAAUCCAGAAGACAAUAGAUGUUAACGUCAUGGGUACAUUCAAUGUGAUUCGCCAUGCUGUCGAACUCAUGGGUGAGCAUGAAAAGGAUGAAGCAGGACAACGUGGUAUAAUUGUGAGCACCGCAUCUGUAGCUGCUUUUGACGGGCAGACUGGCCAGUCUGCUUAUUCUGCUUCGAAAGGUGCCAUCGUUGGAAUGACCUUACCCUUAGCAAGAGACUUUGCCGAUGAUGGGAUUCGUUUUAUGGCGAUUGCACCUGGACUUUUCAAUACUCCCCUUCUUGCUGCUCUUCCUGAAAAGGUCAAGACCUUUCUUUCACAACUGAUUCCCAACCCGUCUCGGAUGGGAACCCCAGAAGAGUAUGGGGCACUUGUGCAACAUAUCAUACAAAAUCGUUACCUCAAUGGUGAGGUGAUCCGCCUCGAUGGAGCGCUUCGCAUGCCUCCGUGA